AUGUCUUCCCCCUCAAUCCCAGGGGACGCGAAUGACCAGUUUGACCGUGGUGAUGUUUCCUUCAUCGCUGUGUGCGGCAUUCUCGUGUUCUUCAUGGUCCCGGGUGUAGGUGAGCCGCAUUUCAUAGUUGUUCCCCGCAACGAGGCGCUCAGAGUCUGGUCAGCCUUCCUGUACUCGGGGCUGUCAAGACGAAAGAGCGCACUCUCGCUUGUCUGGGCUGUCGCGGCUUCCAAUGCCGUCGCCAUCUUCCAGUGGUGGUUCUGGGGUUACUCUCUCGCCUUCUCCCCGACCGCGACGAAUGGAUUCAUCGGCAACCUCCGGAGCUUUGCUCAUCGCAAGCUUUUACCAGAUGGAGUUCGCGUGUGUCACGGUCGCCAUCCUCAUGGGUGCCCUCGCGAUCGCGGGCGCGUCGUUCCCGCGAUGGUUUUCACGUUCCUGUGGAUGACGCUGGUGUACUGCCCCAUCGCGUGCUGGGCGUGGUCGACGAAUGGUUGGGGUUUCAAGUGGGGCGUUCUGGACUACGCAGGCGGCGGUCCUGUCGAGAUCGGAAGCGGCAUAUCAGGCCUCGCCUACUCCUGGGUCCUCGGGCGCCGCAGCGAGCGUGAACUGCGCAAUUUCCGCCCGCACAAUGUCUCCCUCGUAGCCCUUGGCACCUUCAUUCUCUGGUUCGGCUGGCUGGGGUUCAACGGCGGGUCUGCCUUCGGGGCGAAUCUCCGCGCGCUCAUGGCUAUAUGGAACUCGAUGCUCGCCGCGGCUAUGGCGGGUCUCGUGUGGUGCGCGCUCGACUGGCGGGUCGAGCGCAAGGUGUCCAUGGUCGGGCUCUGCUCCGGAAUGAUCGCGGGCCUCGUCGCAGCGACGCCCGCGUCGGGGUACAUCCCGCAAUGGGCCGCGGUAGCGAUGGGCAUCGUCGUCGGCGCGAUCGCGAACUACAGCACGAAGAUCAAGUUCUUCCUCCGCAUCGACGACGCGCUCGACCUCUGCGCCGAGCACGCGAUCGGCGGCAUCGUCGGCCUGCUCUUCAACGGCCUCUUCGCGGACGCCGCGAUCAUCGCGCUCGACGGCGUCCCGACCUCCGCCUCCGGCGGCUGGCUCAACCACAACUGGAAGCAGCUCUACAUCCAGCUCGCGUACGUCGCCGCGUGCUGCGGGUACGCGUUCACGGUCACCGCGCUGCUCGCGGCGGGGGUCAACGCCGUCCCCGGACUCCACCUCCGCGCGACCCCCGAGCAGAUGGCGCUCGGGAUGGACGACGCGGAGCUCGGCGAGUUCGCGACGGACUACGUCGAGGUCCGCCGGGACUACACGGACUGGACGCCGCCGUACAAGGACUACGGGAGGAACGGCGAGGUGGCCACCACCGUGCCCGUGGAUGGGUCGGUUGCCCCGGUCGCCGCGGGGGACAGGCACGGGGUGCCGGACAGCCAGCUCGGGCAGGUGCACGCGCCGCACGGACGCGAUGGCAGUGAAGAGGAACCGUCGUCGGCCAGCACGGAGAAAACGCACAACGGGGACCUCGUGGAGAAGGUGUAG